AUGCUGGGCAUGUACGUGCCGGACAAGUUCUCCCUAAAGUCGUCCCGCGUGCAGGACGGCAUGGGGCUCUACAGGGCCCCCAGAGUGACAAAGGCUGAAAAGUUUGGACUGUUUGCUGGAGAGAAGAGAAUGCCUGAAGAUUUGGAUGAAAAUAUGGAUUACAGGUUGAUGUGGGAGGUUCGUGGGAGUAAGGGAGAAGUUCUGUACAUUUUGGAUGCUACCAACCCACAACACUCCAACUGGCUUUGCUUCGUUCACGAGGCACCAUCUCAGGAGCAGAAGAACUUGGCUGCCAUUCGAGGAGAAAACAUUUUCUAUUUGGCAAUUGAAGAUAUAGAAACAGAUACAGAGCUUCUGAUUGGCUACCUGGACAGCGACAUGGAGGCUGACGAGGAAGAACAGCAAAUUAUGACAAUGAUCAACGAAGGGGAAGUUAAACAUUCUAAAGGACAGUCAACAGCUGGCAGAAAAGAUCAUUUUGGCUGUAAAGAGGACUAUGCCUGUCCCCAGUGUGAAUCGAGUUUUACCAGUGAGGAAAUUCUUGCUGAGCAUCUUCAGACAUUGCACCAGAAACCCACAGAGGAGAAAAAAUUUAAGUGCAAGAACUGUGGGAAGAAAUUUCCAGUUAAGCAGGCUUUGCAAAGACAUUUUGAGCAGCAUCAGGAGACUUGCCGGGGUGAUGCCAGGUUUGUGUGCAAGGCCAACAGUUGUGGAAAGAGGCUGAAGAGCAAGGAUGCCCUGAGAAGACACCAGGAAAACGUCCAUACUGGAGAUCCUAAGAAAAAGCUCAUAUGUUCAGUGUGCAAUAAAAAGUGUUCCUCAGCAUCAAGCCUACAGGAACAUAGAAAGAUUCAUGAGAUAUUUGAUUAUCAAGAAUGUAUGAAGAAAUUUAUUUCAGCUAAUCAGCUAAAACGUCAUAUGAUCACCCACUCAGAAAAACGACCCUAUAAUUGUGAGAUUUGUAAUAAAUCUUUCAAGAGGCUUGAUCAAGUGGGUGCCCACAAAAUAAUACACAGUGAAGAUAAACCUUACAAAUGCAAGCUUUGUGGAAAGGGAUUUGCCCACAGAAAUGUUUACAAGAAUCACAAGAAGACCCACUCUGAAGAGAGACCAUUCCACUCUUCUGAGGAGUGUAAGGCUCUGUUCCGGACCCCAUUUUCUCUGCAGAGACACCUGCUCGUACAUAACAGUGAGAGAACUUUCAAGUGUCAUCACUGUGAUGCUACCUUUAAAAGGAAGGAUACGUUGAAUGUUCAUGUCCAGGUGGUCCAUGAAAGACACAAGAAAUACAGAUGUGAGCUGUGCAAUAAGGCGUUUGUUACACCUUCCAUGCUUAGACGUCAUAAGAAAACACAUACAGGAGAAAAGGAGAAAAUGGAUUGUGGCCAGAAAUUUGUCAGCAGUGGGACCCUGAGAGUUCAUAUCCGUAGCCACACAGGUGAGCGUCCCUAUCAAUGCCCUUACUGUGAAAAAGGAUUCAGUAGAAAUGACAGACUGAAGAUGCACAUUCAUACUCACACCAGGGAGAAGCCAUACAAGUGCUCAGAGUGCAGCAGGGCCUUCAGCCAGAAGCGAGGCCUGGAUGAGCACAAGAGGACUCACACCAGAGAAAAGCCUUUCCAAUAUGAUAUUUGUGACUUGGCUUUUAGCUUGAAGAAAAUGCUGAUCCGACACAAGAUGACUCAUAAUCCCAAUUGUCCGCUGGCAGAAUGCCAGUUUUGCCAUAAGAAGUUUACAAGGAAUGACUACCUCAAAGUGCACGUGGACAAUAUCCAUGGCGAAGCUGACAGCUAA